AUGUCGGAGAAGACCAUGAAGACAUCCAGUACAAUGUUUCAGGAGAAGCAUCAUAAUCAUACCAAAAGGGAGAGAUGUCUGGGUCUGACCUUAGGGAAGGGAGUGCCUUUUGUCUUGUCUUCUCUCUUAAUGGCUUCAAUCUUCUGUUUGUUCUUCCUCUACAAUCCCAACUCUUUAACCCUCACACCCCAUCAUGACCAUGACAUUUUUGAAAACCCCUCACAAAACCAAGAAAAUGCCAUCACAACAAAGGUUUCAUCAUCUCCACCACAAAAGGAACAGAAACCAUGUGACCUUUCUAAGGGUCAUUGGGUACAAGCAUUGGGAGGUUCAUCAAACUAUUACACCAAUUCAAGCUGCCCCUUUAUCCCUGAUGGCAAAAACUGUUUCAAGCAUGGAAGAAAGGACACUGAUUUUCUGAAUUGGAGAUGGAAACCUGAGCAAUGUGAACUUCCAAGGUUUGAUCCCAAAACCUUCCUCAACAUUGUUCGUGGCAAGAAAAUGGCUUUCAUCGGUGAUUCAGUGGCCAGAAACCACAUGGAUUCCCUUCUCUGCCUCUUGUCACAGAAUGAAAUUCCAAAGGACAUUUACAAGGACUCAGAAGACAGGUUCCACACAUGGUAUUUUCCCAGCCACGACUUCACUCUCAUGAGUAUGUGGAGCAGGUUCCUCGUAGUAGGGGAGGAGAGAAUGGUAAACGGCACAGGCACUAGCAUCUUCGACAUGCAGCUAGACAAGGUAGACAGUGAUUGGGCCAAAGAACUCCCCAACUUAGACUACACAGUGAUCUCAGACGGACAUUGGUUUUUCAGAGGGAUGCGCCUGCAUGAAGGUGGAAAAGAAGUAGGGUGUGUGUACUGCAACGAACCAAAUGUCACAAGCUACAACGUGGACUUCCCUUUGAGGAAAGCAUUCAGAACAGCCUUUAGAGUGAUCAAUGAAUGCAAAGAGUGUAGCAGUAAGAGGAUGGUGACAGUGUUGAGGACUUUUGCACCAGCACACUUUGAGAACGGGUUUUGGAACACUGGAGGGUACUGCAAUAGGACAUGUCCAACGGAUGAAAGUGAGGUGGAUUUUGAGAAGUUUGAUUGGCACCUGAGGAAUGUUCAGAUGGAGGAGUUUGAGAGAGCAAGGAGUGAAGGUGAAGAAAAGGGUCAUAAGUUUGAGGUGGUGGAUGUUUCAAGAGCCAUGCUGAUGAGAGCAGAUGGACACCCUGGAGAGCAUUGGGGGAACAAGUGGAUGAAGGGUUACAACGAUUGCACUCAUUGGUGCUUGCCAGGGCCUGUUGAUAUGUGGAGUGAGUUUUUGCUUGCUGUGCUCAAAAGAGGGGCUGCUUUUGAACUUAAUCAGACUUGA